AUAAUUGUGCUUCCACUCAACAUGUAAGACAUUGUCCACGCCCGACAGAUAAAGUAUGGAGUUCGAAAUCAGUCCGCUGAGUUACGUUGAUAACGAGGCCAGCCCAGAAGAUAAAGUAGUUACCAGACUAUUUGAGGAAGUAUGGAGUUGGAGAUUAAAGACCAGUCCAGAGUUUGCCUCUUACUGCGGUGUUCAUGAUGACGACGACAAGUUAGAUGAUAUUGGACUAGAAGCACUUAAAGAAUGGAAGAUUACAGUGGAGAAGUUCCUGGAGAGAUGUAGGGAAAUCAACACCGACGCCAUCAGUGAUGCAGCUAAACUUGACCUCGCACUACUCAAAGAGGAAUUCAAGACUUUCCUACUGGCCUGCAAAUUUAACGGGUGGUGUUUCCCGAUUACAUUCCAAGAUGGCAUUCACAAUGAUAUACAUCUACUACUAAGCUUUUCUAAGUUUGAGAAGGAAGCUGACUUUAAAGUCUACAUAGAGCGACUCAAGUGUUACCCCAGACAGAUUUCCCAAGCCAGAGAGAUGUGUGAAGAAGGGAUAAAGAUAGGUUAUGUCAAUCACAUGGUAUCCAUGAGAGAAGUGCCCGACCAGAUCAACUCCCUAACCAACAAUGGAAAGCUGGAUCCGAAAGCAUCACCAUUUUUGUCGCCAUUCAGAAAGGAAGUGGAUGGUAUUUCGCCAGAGGAAAUGGCCGAGUUGGAGAAAGAAGCUAUAUCUGUACUAGAGGAUACUGUCAUCCCUGCUUUUAUUGAUCUUCGGGAUUAUCUUAUGUCUGUGUAUAUGAGGAGGACGAGACCCAGUAUAGGGUGUUGUACCCUUCCUAACGGCCAAAGAUAUUACCAACAGUGUCUAAUGUUCCAUACAUCAACAAAUCUGACACCUCAAGAGGUCCACAACCUUGGUCUACAAGAGGUUGAAAGAAUUACAAAAGCCAUGGAACAAAUAGCAAAAGAGGAAGGACUGGGGUCAAAUAUACAACGCUUCCUAAGACAUGCCAAAGACAACAAGGAGUUAUACUAUCAAACUGAGGAAGAUCUUUUGGCUGGAAUUAAAGAUAUCUGUACAAAUAAAAUCCGACCCAAACUCUCCAAGCUGUUCAAAACUAUCCCCGAUGUUGAUAUGAAGAUUACAGCCGCUCCUGCCUCUAUGAGCUCAGCACCUGUGGGGUUCUACAUGGCUGGUACAAACGAUGGAUCGAGACCAGGAAUCUAUUACGUUAACACCUCCCACUUCUCUGACACGCCAAUUUAUGAGUUGAUGGCUUUAAGUCUCCAUGAGGGUGAGCCUGGGCACCACCUACAGAGUAUGUACGCCAUACAGCAGAAGGGAAUGCCAGCCUUCCGUCAGUACAUAGAGGACAUGAAGUAUUCCCGGGCACCCACCAGAUUCUCCCUCCACACCGCUUACAUGGAGGGCUGGGGACUUUACUGCGAGUCACUGGGAGAGGAGCUAGGACUAUACAGCACAAAUUAUGAACUUUUUGGCAGAUACACGUUUGAAAUCCUGCGGGCGGCACGUCUGGUGGUGGAUACUGGCCUACAUGCAAUGGGGUGGUCUUUAGAGAGUACCAAAAAAUACUUAAUCGAAAGAGCAUUCAUGCAUGAAUGGUUCGCUGACAGUGAGUCCAAACGCUACGUCACUUGGCCCGGACAGGCCUGUGCAUACAAGAUAGGUGAACUCAAGAUCAAAGAACUGAGAAAGAGAGCAGAAAAGGAACUAGGUGAUGCUUUUGACGUUCGUGAAUUCCAUGAGGCUAUAUUACAAUGUGGGCCCGUACCGCUGAAUGUACUGGAGGGCAUGAUCACGGCAUACAUCAAAGACACCAAAAACCUCAACAAUGUGGAGGACGAGGAAAAUUCAAAAGAGUCUGACUGAAUAAACAUGAUAAGUGUCGGUCAUACUGUAAACUGGAAAAUGCCUUCCCUGUGAAAUAUUAUAAUUAAUCCUUCAUCGGUAAAAGCCAAAUUUUUAGUCCUGUGUUCAUUUGACACUUCACAGUGGAAUUACUUUGCAUGUAGUAAUAUGCUGUGUAGUAAUAUGCUGUAAUAUGCUGUGUAGUAAUAUUUGCCCAUAUAGUGGAUUCAUCUUCUUUACACAAAAUAGUGUUUAAUUACUACUUGCCUGUUCAAAAUUUGGUCAAAAAUGUUAAACUUAUAUACUAGUCGAAACAAGAUUGUUGGUAAGUUAAUUGGAAUUUGAAAUACUUGAUUAUCAGUCUUAUUUUAUUGUUUGUAUAUAUAAAGGUCAUAUAUCGGGGAAUGUUAACCUGAUUAAUUUAUAAUUACCUGUCUUUUCAUGUUUAUAUUUUAGCAACAAUAAAAUUUCAUUACUUUUAUU